AAAAUAAAUAAAUAUGACUCAAUCGCACACAACCUUGUAUUUUGGAACAGUCUUCUUUAAUGAUCUUCAUCAGAUUGAUGUUCCAAAAACUGAACAUUACAAAUACUAAUGAAAAUAGAACAAAAAUAUGCAAAUACUGAAUAUGUUUGAAUAUAAAAAAUAAAUUUUUCAUUCUGCUACAUUGCUAUGAUGUGCACAAAAAAGACAAUAACAAAAUGUACAUUGUGAUUUGUUGUGUGGACCUCAAACUAAGAUUUCCAAGCACUAGAUAUCAUGUUUAAGUCCUCAUAAUUGACACAGUUUCCCUUACAUAUUGAUUCAUAGAUUUUUGAGGGGCCUGCUUGUUUCUGAUAUACUUAAUAAACCUUUUGUUUGUUGUUGCUGUGCAAGGUUUUGUGCGAUUGAAUGAUAUACUGUAGUGAUUACUCUAUGAAUUAAAUAAAUAUGAACAAUGAAUUUAAAACAUUAAUAGUUUAUUUAACUUAAAUUUUUCUUUCAGACAACAUGAUGCAAAAAUGUAAAAUCAUGAAUGUAUUGGUUCAGUGUGAUGAUUAUUUACUUGGUAUUAGACCAUUGAAAUGUGAAUCAAAAAUGAGUGAAUUAUACAGUCUUCUCUCAGUAGUCAACUCUCCAUUUGACUUUCUUUGCAGUACAUUGGGAGUCAAUUCCCUCUCUGAAAUAGAUGCCCAAUUAACAAAGAAUUUUAAACAUAAUAAAAACAAUUUACCAUCACCAGGAUUUUCUUUAUUAGAAUCUUAUCAAAAUUUAGAUAGAAAGAAAUGUGAUGAGGAACUUCCCACUUUACUUCAUUUUUCUGCUCGUUAUGGUUUAAAAGAGUUAACUUCACAGUUGCUCCAAUGUCCAGGAGCGACACAAGCUUGUGGUCUGCGAAACUCUAGAGGCUUAAUUCCUUCACAGCUAGCCUAUCAUGCAGGAUACAAUGAUAUUUCUAAACUGUUAGAUGAUUUUAAGGUUUCUAAGGAUACCAACAAUGCUACUCCCACCAAAUAA